AUGAGUGUCCAAAACAAGAAACAAGAGAGAAGUAAGGCCAAAACGGCGGUUAGUUUGGCCUCGAGGCGACUUAUCGGUGCAGCCCACCGAGGAACAGAAUAUGAUGUGUUGAAGAGUUUAAUAAUCGAACUCGAAAAGGCGUACGAUGAUUUCUGUGUAGCAAAUGAAGAGUUUGAACUUCUCGUGUCAGAGGAAGAGAACAGUGAACAUCGUGUUGUGAACGGAGAGGAUAUUAGUGAGUAUAGAGACAAUGUUAAACAGUGUUAUAAUGAGGCUAGGGAAGUAUUCUUGGAACAAAAGGCUGCUGAGCGAGAAAUAAACAAAAACUUAGCAGUAGAACCAGCGAGAGUUGCCUUAAAGCUACAUUCUAGUCGAAUAAGUGAGUUAAUCGAAACAGUUGAUAUAAACAUUAACUCUAGCAGUCCAAAUAAACGAGCAUUGCAAUUAGACAAAGAAGAAUUGCAGACAAUGUUAAAUGUGUUGUGUGGGAAAAUCUCUGAAUUGAGUUUGAUUGGGUCUUCAAAAUCAGAGCAAGAUAUUCAGUUACAUCUUGAGAUUGAUAAGAUUAUUGCACAAGGUUUUAAACAGGUUAGAUCCAUAAAUCUGUACCUAUGUGACUGUCAAAGUUCAAUCGAAAAGACUCCAUCACCCCCUAUUGUAAAUCAAGUAGAUACUGUGGGUGCAUCUGCUGCACUUCUUAAUAUAGACUCCCAAAAUAGCGCAACCUCUAGUAGCCCACCUGUGACCAAUCCCAGUAUUCAAAUUGACCACACCCCUACCAGCCCCUCCAAGGAAGGGACAGUGAGUGACAUCCCCCCACAUGCAGUUACAGAGACAGAUACUACCAUCAAUGUGUCUGCACCUGAAUUUGUACCUUCAACAAUGAAUGAUCCAGUGAGUAGUUCUGUAAUCAGUGCCCAGUCCACCUAUACAAGUACCAAUCCCCAAGCCAUACCCCAAAGUGCAAGUACAUCACAGCAAACCUUUCCUAUUUUAUAUCAAUACCCAACCACCAGCACCAUGCACUACCCCCCUCCACAGAUCAAUCCAUCUACAGUCAACACACCCCACCACUUAAGUACCAGCACCGCCCCAAUCCACUUGUCCCCACCUGUCAAUCCCACAUCAAGUUUUCCACCAAAUUCGAUUGGCUUACACCAAUACCCAAGCAACACCCAACCCCACCUUGGUACAAGUAUGACCCAAGCAACAUUACAGCAAACUUUCAGUAACACCAAUCCAUACCACAACACCCCCCUACUACCACACCAUAGUAUGACCACAAAUCUUUACAACAAUGUACCUCCACAGAAUUUGGUAAGUUUACCAGAUACAAGUAUGUAUUUGAACAGUGUGUCCCCAAGCACUCCAACUACCAGCCCAUCAACAUGGAACCCACUGCAAGUACCAGUGACUUAUUCUACUCCCAAUGCGAGCGAGACAUAUUUGGUCAAUCCCAGAACAGUCCCAAUCCCCUCAAUCGGUCCACAACCUACACCCCACCACAGUCCUAAUUCACUGGGUUUCAAUUCUCGGGUCCAGGUAAAGAAAAUGGCUUUGCCAACAUUCAGUGGUAACCGGAAAGAGUGGCCAGAGUUCAAAGCGAUUUGGAAAUCAGUCGCUGAGACAGCAUAUCAAAAUAAGACUGCUCUGGCUCAUGAGCUUAAAAGAUCGGUAAAGGGUGAGGCAAGUCGACGAAUAAGAUCAGUCUAUGUCACCAAACCGGAAGCAUACAAUGUCAUGUGGCAGAAGUUAGAAAGUUUCUACGAAGAUGUUGGUGCAAGUGUACAAGCUGCACUAGAAGAUUUACAUAAGAUUAAAGCCGUACCGACAGAUGAUUACAAAGGCUUGGUAGAACUUGUAGACGAAGUAGAAUCAGCGUAUAGUCAAUUGGAAGAGUUGGGAAACCUAAAUGUUUUGACGUUGAGAGAUGUUGAUUUAAUCACCGAACUGCUACCAUGUUAUUUGAAAGUAGAAUGGCGAAGAAGAUAUAGGGACAUCACGGCCAUUGAAAAGAUACACCCUUUCAUCCCUUUCAUGCAUUUCCUCGAAGGCGAACGAGAAGCAGUCUCUCGAAUAGCCGAGUACCAGCCAAAGGGAAGGAGAAAUGAAUUUCCGAAAUAUGAGCGAAGAAAGCAACAUGUACAAGGUUAUCAUGCAGGAAAGCAAUCCUCCAAGAAGUAUUACAAGU